CACCCUUGAAGCGGAGACCAAGCCCUCCUCAGCGAGCGAAGAAGGGGAAUAAAAAGACGACAACAACACGUUCUCUUCAAAUAUUAACAUCAAACUAUCGAAUUUAGCGGUCUUCUCGUCGUGAGACACUCUCCAGGGCCAUGAUGAAGAGGUGGCGCCAGGUGGCUUUUGCGUCGUUCCUUCUCGUUUGUCUCCUCAGCACUCAGUCCACAUGGGCCAAAAGGGGGGGCAGCAGCAGCAGCAGGUCCUCAUCCUCCAGCAGUCGCGGCGGGUCGCAGUCCAAGCCGUCCAGCACUAAUCACGGAAGCUCUUCCAACCGGAACACCAAUCCGUACCCGUCUGGUGGAAGUUACCCGGGGGCGGGCACCAGAAACACGGGAGGAGGCUAUCCCAGACAGAACCCAGCAAGUAACCCGGGUGCCGGAAGUUAUCCCAGACAGAACCCAGCAAGUAACCCGGGAGCCGGAAGUUAUCCCAGACAGAACCCAGCAAGUAACCCGGGCGCCGGUAGUUAUCCCAACCAAUCUCCCGGGCGAAACAAUCCUGGGGGUUAUCCGAACCAGAACCCUGCUGGGGGUUAUCCGAACCAAAACCCUGCGGGGGGUUAUCCGAACCGGAACCCUGCGGGGGGUUAUCCGAACCAGAACCCUGCGGGGGGUUAUCCGAACCGCAACCCUGCGGGGGGUUAUCCAAACCAGAACCCUGCGGGGGGUUAUCCAGCUGCCGGGGGGUACCCCAACCCGAACCCUGGAAGAGGUAACCAGUAUCCCCAAGGUGGAGGCUACCCAGCAGGAGGCAGCUACCCAGGAAGAGGGGGCACCAACCAAGGAUAUCCGGCUGCUGGAGGUUACCCUAACCAGUACCCUGGAAGGUAUAAUCCAAAUCAACCUGGUGGUGGUUACCCGGCUGGAGGGUACCCAGGUGGAGGGGGCUAUCCAAACAGGGGCGGCUACCCAGCUGCCGGGGGCUACCCAGCUGCAGGUGGGCAGGGUUGGGGCUACCCUCAAGGAAACCCCAAUAAUAAGAUCAUGAGUCCUCACAUCGGCGGGGGUGCGUAUGGAUACGGCGGUCGCGGCAUGGGAGGGUCCCCGUUCUCUCAUUCUGUCCAGCAGAUGGGCUACAAACCCAAAUCCAGCGGCUUUGCCAAGAAAGCCAUCCUGGCCGCCGGCGUAGGCGCCGUCGCCGGCAUGGCCGUCGGGUACGGACUCGGGCGCUUCCCCCGACCGCACUUCAACUUCCGCAACCCGGAAGAGGAGUCGUACUACAACAACUACAUGUACCGCCGCUACGGCUCCCGCUCUACCGACGAAAAGGACUUCGGCCGCGACUACGAAUACAAGCUCCCCCCGCGGGCGGAGACCUACGAGUCCUUCAUGGGGAAAUGCAUGAACAGGACGGACCUCCUGAAGGACCAGGGCAAAGGCAACUCGUCCGCGGACGACGACACGGUGAGCAUCGAGGAGAUCGGCUACCCGUCGCUGGUGGAGCAGAUGAAGUCGCGGCGCUGCGUGGAGGAGUACAUGGUCUACUCGGAGCGCUUCCUGCAGGAGCGCAAAGCCGAGCGGCAAGUCCAGGGUCGCGGCAGUCCUCUCCGCUUCGGGGUGGCGCAGCUCUUCCCCUCCCUGCUGAUGCUCCUGUCCAGCCUGCUCCUGCUCCAGUAAGGACUCUUUAGUCCUCCAUUACAGUACAGCUGCACGUGUACAUGACAGUAAUGCUGAAUGUGGCUCAUAUUUAGUCCUGAUCAAUACUAACAAGUGCGGUACACACGCUUUUAUACAUGCAGGUCCCAAACUAAACCUUUUUUCAUUUGCACUUCCAAUUGUUGAGCACUGAAUACGUCAAAACAUGUAAAUAUAUUUGUAUCCUUAUGACUUUCCGCGCCCUAAGUCUAUGACAGCGACCUGCUGUGUUAAAUGAUAAUAUUGCAAUCGGAGCUCAAACAGGUUUUGCAUGGCACACACAGUGUGUGCAAAUAAAUGACAUGACGUUGCAAUUUUUCAUGACUAUUUAUGUGGAUAAACAUUACAAGAAAAAAAAAAAAAGUCACGCCUAUUAUAAGAAUAAAAGGGGCAAGGGGGGGGACAUUUAAUGGGACAGCAUUACAAGAAUAAAGUUGUAAUUUUACCCUCCACAAAGAUUUUUAUGAAGAAAAAAAAAAGUGGAGAAAAAAAAAGUGCAAAACAUCAUAAUUUCACCAGAAUAAAAUUGUAAUAAUAGUAUUUUAUUAUUAAACAUUUCU